AUGUCCUCCUCCGACUACAACUUGCCGACGGACAACAACAACUUGCCGACCGACAACAACAACUUGUCGACCGAUAACAACAACUUGCCGACCGACAACAACAACUUGCCGACCGACAACUACAACCUGCCGCCCGACAACUACAACCUGCCGCCCGACGACCGUGACAUGUCGAACGACAACUACAACGUGCCGCCCGACGACAGUAACAUGUCGAACGACAACUUCAACUUGCCGACCAACAACAACAACUUGCCGACCGACAACAACAACUUGCCGACUGACAACAACAACUUGCCGACCGACAAUUACAACGUGCCGCCCGACGACCGUGACAUGUCGACCGAAAACUACCACUUGCCGCCCAACAACUACGACUUACCGCACUUCAACAAAGAUUUGUCAUCCAUUUACCACGAUUUGUCAGCCAUACACCACGACAUAUCAACCGUUUACCAUGACUUGUCACCACAUGACUUGUCACCACAUGAUUUGUCACCCAAAGUAGUAUGGAUAUUUUAG